AUGAUUGCCCGUCCGUCUAACACCACUCUUGGGCUCUUUUUUAGAUCGUCGUUCUGGUCCCAAAAAGUUGUACAAGCUCCGGUCCCCUUAUCCCACGAACGGAAACUUACUUGCAGCAAUCAGGCCUUAAAAAACAUGUCUGUAAUUCCACCCAAUGACUCUAUCAGAAAAACAGCUCAUGUUAAGUCAAGUGAAGAAUACAGCUUGAUGCGCGACAGAGCCCUAAGCAACCCUAAGGAAUUUUGGUUGGAAUAUGCCAUGAAGUUCCAAUGGCAAAAACCACCUACCUUCGAUAAAUGUCUGAGUUACAAUUUCGACUACCGGAAAGGGCCAGUUUUUGUCAAGUGGUUCGAAGAUGGAAAAACAAAUAUAUGUUACAAUGGUUUGGAUCGACAUGUUGAAAAUGGCUUAGGUGAUAAGAUUGCAAUUCUGUGGGAAGGCAAUGACCCAAAUGAUACAUGUCGUCUUACCUUCUCUGAGGUGCUGACCAAGGUUAAACGAAUUGCAAAAAUGCUCGAAAACCAGGGUGUUCGAAAGGGUGACUGCGUUGCCAUUUAUAUGCCCAUGGUUCCAGAACUAUUAAUGACCAUGUUUGCAUGCACUCGUCUUGGUGCUAUACAUUCAGUUGUAUUCGGCGGUUUCUCUGCUUCUGCGCUGGCUGAUCGAAUCAUGGACGCCGGGUGCAAAAUUCUAGUCACUGCUGAUGGAACGUGGAGAGGGUCAAAACUUAUUGAGCUCAAAGCGAUUGCAUCCUCUGCAAUGAGUAUGUGCCAAGAAAAAGGCUAUUCUGUCCAACGAUGCAUAGUAUUUCAACAUGUUACUGCUGUUCCACCCAAAGCUACAAAUGGCAUAAAUAACUUUGAGAGUAAAGAGGGUGUUCGACCGGCUUCAGGGUUAAAUGUUCCAAUGGAAGAUGGUCGUGAUGUUUGGUGGCACCAGUUGAUCAGUAACAUACCUGAAAAUGUUGAUUGUCCUGUUGAAUGGAUCAAUGCAGAGGAUCCAUUAUUCAUACUUUAUACAAGUGGCAGUACAGGACGACCAAAAGGUGUUGUGCAUACCACAGGUGGCUAUAUGGUUUAUGCAGCUACAACAUUCUUUUAUUCAUUUGACUAUCAUGAUGAUGAUAUUUAUUGGUGUACUGCUGACGCUGGGUGGAUCACGGGUCAUUCAUAUGUUGUGUAUGGACCUUUUUUAAAUGGUGCAACAAGUGUAGUAUUUGAAGGUAUUCCAACAUGGCCUGAUCCAGGCCGGUGUUGGGCUAUAGUAGAUCGUUACCAAGUCACGAAAUUCUAUACAGCUCCAACAGCAAUUCGUACUCUUAUAAAAGCUGGUGAUCAAUACGUUAAAGGUCAUAGUCGUAAAUCUUUGAAGGUCCUUGGUACUGUAGGUGAACCAAUCAAUGUGUCUGCUUGGCUAUGGUAUUAUAAUGUUGUAGGUAAUGGUCAAUGUUCUAUUGUGGAUACCUUUUGGCAAACAGAAACUGGUGGGCACAUGAUUACUUCACUUCCUGGAGCGAAUUCAAUGAAACCAGGUUGUGCUACUAAACCUUUCUUCGGUGUUGAUGCUCGUAUUCUAUCAGAGGAAGGUGAAGAUUUGACUCAGCAAAAGGGUGUAGAUGCUGAAGGCUUUUUAGUAUUUGCUAAACCAUGGCCCGGAAUGAUGCGAACAAUAAACAGAAAUCAUGAACUCUUUGAAAGUACUUACUUCAAACGAUUUCCUGGUUAUUAUGUUGCCGGUGAUGGUGCUAGAAUAGACAAAGAUGGAGACUUUUGGAUUACAGGUCGGCUAGAUGAUAUGUUAAAUGUCAGUGGUCAUCUUAUUAGCACAGCUGAAGUGGAAAAUGCUCUUCUAUUGGAUCCAAAUGUUAGUGAAGCUGCUGUAGUCAGUCGAAAACAUCCACUUAAAGGAGAAUGCCUGUAUUGUUUUGUUACACUGAAAGAUAUUGAAUCCACUGGUACUUCGACUGGUUCAAGUGGUGGUCAACUUACUCCCGAGAUAAGAGAAAAGCUGGUUGAUAUUAUCAGAAAGAGAAUUGGCCCAUUUGCCGCUCCAGAUUACAUUCAGAGUGCACCUGUAUUACCAAAGACACGUAGUGGUAAAAUUAUGCGACGUAUACUCCGCAAAAUAGCUAAUGAAGAUUAUACUUUUGGUGACACAUCCACCUUACUGGAUCAUUCAUGCUUGGAUAAUCUUAUUAAACUUUCUAAAUCGAUACUUAAGUAA